GCGCUCCAAUCCUCCACCACACCGUAGAAGAAGUCCCCUCAGCCCGUGCAUCUCGGUGUGAGAAACCCCGUCUCGGUCUCUUCUUCCGGUGCGGUGCUGAACGCGAAUCAUGCCGGCUAAAGGACCUCUGCAGUCUGUCCAGGUGUUUGGGCGCAAAAAAACAGCCACGGCUGUAGCGCACUGUAAGAGAGGAAAUGGGCUGAUUAAAGUGAACGGCAGACCGCUGGAGACCAUCGAGCCGGCCACGCUGCAGUACAAGCUGCUGGAGCCGAUCCUGCUGUUGGGAAAGGAACGCUUCGCUGGUGUUGAUAUCCGAGUGCGUGUGAAGGGCGGAGGACACGUCGCGCAAGUCUACGCGAUUCGUCAGGCCAUCUCCAAAGCCCUGGUCGCUUACUACCAGAAGUAUGUGGACGAGGCGUCUAAGAAGGAGAUAAAGGACAUCCUGAUCCAGUACGAUAGAACUCUGCUGGUCGCUGAUCCACGCCGCUGCGAGUCCAAGAAGUUCGGAGGUCCAGGAGCUCGCGCUCGCUACCAGAAGUCCUACCGUUAACCUCGACACACACUCACACACUCGCUCACACGCUCUUCACCAAAAUAAACCUGAGGAGAAAAACA